AUGUCUACUACCACAACAGCCACCGGAUCAGCUGCCUCUGCAUCAUCGACCUGCCAUGCCAAACUCUAUGACAUCCCUACCACGGAUGCCGCAUGCGCCAUGCCCAACAGUAACAGCACCUACCUCGAUCUUAUGACCACCUGCUGCGGCUCGGCCCCAGUCAUCUCCUACUCAAACUGCGACCACUACUGUCUCGCCCAAGAUCAAACUGGCUCCGAAGCAGGCCAGGCCUGGUGCAACACCAAUGCGAAUGCCACUGCUACUGUCACUGUGGCGACAAGCGUGAUUGCGGUGUCCAGUGCGACUUCGACUUCAACUGCGACUACGACUGAGGAUUUGCAGGCAGAUUCCACCGAGACGAACGGGGCAGUGGCAGCUGUGGAUCUCAAGUCUGCUGGUUUCAUGGCGUUUCUGGCACUUGGGGGUUUGGCCCAGCUGUUCAUCUAG